GAGGAACCGGCCAUGCUUUUAUAUAUCCAGGACAAUGGGUUCCCCUUGUCGAUCUUUCGCUACUCCUACAAACUGAUCUUCAAUCGAGCACCAUACCGCCGUAUCGCCACGCGAGCCGCAAAUCACAGCCCACUCACUGCCCGAAACUAUAAAUCGCUGCCCGUCCCACAAGUUCGCCUAUCAUGGCAGUCCCAAGGCCUCCUCCUGACUUGGACGGUCCCAUAUCUGGUGCCGACUUCAGUCGACUUGCUCGUGGCAACCCUCUUCCCGGCGAACGUCCUCAUCCUCUCGGUGGUGGUCGGCGUAUAGCAGGAGCAGCUGCCCCGCCUCCGUCCCAAAACGAGGAUUUUUCCGGUCUCGAAUAUCUACUUCCUGGUAUCAGUACGAAGACUGGUGCUUGGGCACCUGGAGGAGCCAUACAACAAGGUCUAGCGCAAGGGAAAGGCGUUCAUCAGAUACCAGGAGCGACGACGUUGCCUCCACCCGAUCAUCCAUACGUUUGGGCAUCGCCGGGUCAACAAGCAAAUCCGAAUCCUAUGAGUACCUCUCUUUGGGGAAAUUAUGGUAUGCCUGACAAGCCCAGAGGAGGUCUGAUGGACAAAUUAGGAGAAUGGUGGAAAGGGCCGGGCGGCGCGAGUGACCCAUGGACAGCUUACCCGACCAGUGCUUUACCAGGUCUACCAUCGUCUAUUCGGCCGUCUCAUCGCCCACUGCCUUCUGGUAAAGACCUCGAUGCAGAUUGGGGAUCAGGAAUGGCGUACCCGUACUCUGGCGGCAUGGGCGGUCUGGGAGCAUACAAGCCAGAUUUGAUGGGUCAAUUUUCAUUCGGUCAAUUGUCUAGAGCAGAACAACGAAAGCUGGUCAAAAAACACGAAAAACAUAUGAAGGAGCAAGUAAAGCUGGCCAAGACAGCCGAGAAGCUAAGGGACAAGGAAGCAAAAAGGAACAAGAAGGAACAAGCGAAAAAAGUCAAGAUGGAAAAGAAGGCAAUCAAGAAAUUGGAAAAGCAGAUGAUGUCCGGCAAACACCCUUGGGGAGGUUAUCCACUGCCCAACCAUCAUCCAAUACCUCUUCCUUAUGCUGCCCCUGUUACCAGUAAGCCCGAGGCCAACAAGCCUUCACUUGCAGUGCAGCCAAACCCAAAGAAUGAGUACAAGUUCAUGUACUUUCCCACAUCGGAAUUUGGUCUGGUAAAGCCUCCAAAUUCCACUGGAUUGCCUAAAGAAGCUGGUGGCAAGGAAAAGUGGCCGGUGAUGAGCAGAACUAUGAUGCACGCUAUGACGAAUUUCGGUAUGGAAGAUAAGCAUCACCACAUGAGAGUCAUCAACCAGCCGACGUCAACUUGGUGACGCAUCUGCCAAUCUAUGGCACUGCAAGGGUGUGAUA